UCUAUAGGGCUGUUAGUCAAUCACUAACAGGAAGAAGAAGAAUUAUUUUUGUUUUUCGGCCGUGUGUUUUAUUUUUUCCUGUCCUUUUUUUCGUGUACGAGACGUUGUAUAAAUAGAAACUGGCCGAGUGAGCCAGUAAGUGAGAGUCGCUGCAAUGUCAGCUUUCACGGAAUCCGCGCUGAUCAAGAAACUAUCCGAAUUGAACACCAGCCAACAGAGCAUACAAACAUUAUCCUUAUGGCUCAUUCAUCAUCGUAAGCAUCACACUGUCAUAGUUCAAACCUGGCAACGGGAGCUACAAAAUGUGCCGGAGACUAAGAAAUUGACGUUCAUGUACCUGGCCAACGAUGUCAUCCAGAACAGCAAAAAGAAAGGGCCUGAAUAUGGCAAGGAGUUCAGCAAUGUGCUGCCCAAGGUCUUUGCCCACAUCGGCGACACCUGUAAAUCGGACAAACUGAUGGGCAGCCUAGGCCGCAUACUCAACAUAUGGCAAGAGCGCGGUGUCUACGAUGCCAAAACAAUUGCCGAUUAUCGAUCCCGUUUGCAUCAUGAGGCAGCCUCAGGAGCACCAGCAGCUGGCUCUGGAGCUGCCGGCAAUAGCAACGGGAAUACCACUGGUAAUGGUAGCAGUAAAGCACAGCAUAGUGAUUCGAAGCACAGCAAAACAGAAAAGUCGGACAAGCGAGAAAAACGCAAGCAUGAGGAGCGGCCAUCAAAGUCAAAGAGAAUGCGAACGCCGCAUCAUACCAUAUCUGCUGCAGCGGCUGCUGCUGCAGAGCCAGCUGCUGCCCCGGAGGAGGAGAAUGGCCACACGCCACCAUAUUUGCCGCUGGGCGAGCCCCCAGAGCCCGAGGAACUCAUCAAGGCGCUAACCAACAUUGAGAAUUCGGCGUCUAGCGAUGCUUUGGUACGCGAACGCAUUGCUAAGCUGCCGCCAGAGAUAUCGGAGAUCAGCUGCAUUACCAAACUAGAGGAUAAGGACAAAGCCAAAGUGCUGGCCAGGCAGGUGAAUGAAGCUGUUGAUCUGCUCAAUGAUUAUAAUGCACGUCUCGCUGCCGAAAUGGAGGAACGCACCAAGCUGGCGGCCAUGUUGCGUGACUUUCAGGCGGAGCAGAAGGAGCUGCUAGCCCAAGCGGAGCAGCGUUUGGAUGAACACAAGAAGAAGCUGGCCAAGAUGCUGGGUUUGCAAAAGGAGAUACGCGAUCAUCUUUCUAAUCUGCCAGAUCUUACUCAGCUGCCCGAUGUCACUGGAGGCUUGGCUCCACUGCCCUCGGCCGGAGAUCUCUUCAAUACGCUUCACUAAGUCCAGGACAAAGUUAAAUGAACAA